AUGACCAAGGAAGAUUUCCAGGCUCCUGACUUCGUCAGUACUGGGGUCUCGAGAGAAAGGGAACAGCUUGGGGUGGAAAGCCUGAAGAGAGUCCGGAGGCUUUCCGGUAGGGCCAGCCUCGAGGAGACAGAGGUAGACCCGCGAGUAAGUGACUUUAACAGGAUUGGAGGAGUGUCAGGGGGAGAAGAAGGCAGAGCAGAGCGGCCGGCCUGCCUGAAGAGCCUCAGGGAGCUCCGGAGCCAGCAGACACACGGCGGCAGAGCGAACAUGCUGGCCGGGGACCUGGCUGCACAGGCCGGAGGCCCCGAAGAGCCCAGGGAUGCCCUGGACAGGAACCGGGUGCUGAUUCUGGACGACUUCCAAAGGACGGUGGACGGGAAGCUGCAGUGUUCAUACUGCGGCUACUCCAGCCAGAGAACCGCUCGGCUGCUGGAACACAGGAGAAUCCACACGGGCGAGAAGCCGCACAGGUGUCGCCUGUGCCCCUUUGCCUCGGCUUACGAGCGGUACCUCGAAGCCCACAUGCGCUCCCACACUGGGGAGAAGCCAUACAAGUGUGAACUGUGUGCCUAUCGCUGCAAUCACGGAAGCAACCUGUCCCACCAUCGGAGGCGCAAGCAUAAUUUGUUACCGCUGACCAGUCCCAGGGCCUCCUUAGGCGGCGUGAAAAUGUGGGAGACCUUACAGAAUAAGAGCAACGUGGAGGACGGCAAACGAGGGGUGCUCAUCACCUUAGCUCCACCUUCUGUGGUCGUUCAGAAACCGGAUCAGCAGAGCGACUCUACGUGCAAGAUCCCAAAUGUUCAGAAUGACUUCGGUGACAGCGUGGAUAAAACUUCAGUUUGCAGACUGCCGAGGGAUCCACCCGGAAUCUGGCUUGUGGAUAAUCCUUUGGAUCAGCUGUCUAACCGAGCAGGGCACUUGUCCACCUUGCCUCCUGAAAACCAGAGCCCCGUCUCUGCUGAUGUAGACUCCAUCCUAGAAGAAUGGAAGCCUUUCGUGAUGCAACAGCCCUCUGCCCAAGGGAGUGUCCCUCAGAGCUCUCUCAUAGUUUUUAGGCUUCCUCCACCAUCGUUGAGUCAGAGGGACUGCAGUCCACUGGCAGGGCCCAGCAGCCAGCCAAGUGGCGACGCCAGCACCCCCAUCCUUGGAAACAGCCAGCCAAGCAGUCCAAUGGCAACUUCACCAGUGCAGGGCCCUCAUCUUCUUUACUACUGCCAGCACUGUGACACAUACUUUGCAGACAACGUCCUUUACACUAUCCAUAUGGGAUGCCAUGGGUAUGACAAUCCCUUUCAGUGUAACAUAUGUGGGUUCCAUUGUGAGAACAAGUAUGACUUUGCCUGUCACUUUGCACGAGGUCAGCAUAACUAG